CUUUUUUUCACUGCCACCGACCCCCUUAGAUACUUCCCCAGCAGUUUUCAUGAAAGUCUCUUGAUCAUCCGGAGUGCUUACUGGCGAUCCCAAAAGCUAUGAAUUCUGAUAAAUCACCUCCAGGGUUGUCAACAGGUCCCGCCUAUCACAGCCUCACCGAGACUCAAGUUGUCGAAAUCUUCUCCGCUGUUGGCCGGGUUAUCUGCUUUCGUCUUGUAUUUGAUCGUGAAACUGGUCGUUCCAAAGGGUAUGGCUUCGCUGAAUUCGUCGACAACGAGACCGCAGCCAGUGCUGUCCGUAACCUGGAUAACUACGAGAUUCUGGGCCGCAAGUUGAGAGUUGAUUACUCUUCCCACGGACACAUUCCCGAGGCCCCACAUUCAAAUCCCUUCCCAGACCUUCCGAGGGGUAUGGAGCUACCAAAGGGUCUUUCCGCGACCGAAGCAAUAUCCAGGACUAUGGAUGCUAUUCCGUCUGCAAAGUUGGGCGAGGUGUUGUGUGAGAUGCGCGAUCUUGCUAUCAAGGAUCCGGUGAGGGUUACGGAGCUGCUCAGGCAAGCUCCGCAGUUGUCAUAUGCUCUGUUCGAAGCCAUGGCGAAAAUGGGCCAGGUGGAUCAUGCGCAGAUGGGGAGGUACUUGGAGCCCACGGGUUCUCCCUUGUGCUCCUUGUCCACUGUCCAUCGUGCUUUUGGGCAAGAAAACAAUUCGAAGGGUUCCUCUGCGGAGGCGAGAAGUAUUAUCUCAGCCCUUCCCUCCCUUCUUGCUCCCGCCCCCCUAGACCGCCAGCAUAGCAUGCCGACCUCUUUCCCUACCUCCCCUAAAAUGCAUCCGUUUGUCGCUCAGAGAUCAAAUUCGUUCAACUGUACCUCCCAGAUCUCAACCCCCACUCAUCAGGCACCCAUCAUUGAGGCCAUUCAUAACCUUCAAGACCCAAAUGUGGCUCUCUUGCAACAAGUCCUGAACAUUCCCAUGGACCAAAUUGAAGUGUUGCCAGCAGAUCAAAAGCAACAGAUGAUCCAGCUGAGACAGCGUCUGAGUGAUGGAAUUGUGGGCCAUGCUGCUGCUGUCAGAAAGGCCAUUUGAUUAUUUGAUCGGUUAUUGUUUUUUUUUUCCCGCAAGUAAAAGUUGAUUGGUUAUCUGAGGAGUGGUCUGGUUAUGAAGCUAGCAAUUGAUAAGAUGUCUACCGUAGUCCCGUCUGAAGUGGGAAGGGAAGCAGAAGAGAGAAAGAAGUUAUGUAGGUAUGCGGCGAUAGGCUUGGUUAGCACUGUACCGUUGAGCAAGGGUGUUUCCGAUGGAGUUGAAGUAAGGAAUGGUUUUUGGGAUGCGGGGAUUUUCAUGUUCUGCGUCUUAAGGGGUAUCGUUAGUCUUGCGAUAGAGGGAGGGGUGUUGUCUUUUAUUUCAAUUUAUGUUAUCAUUAUCACCGGCAUCAUUUCUUUACUCA